CACAAGUGUGCUCAGUCACUGCUCUCAGCUCCAGCCUCUGCUCUCUCCAUAAACCAGCCAUUUAUCAUCAAUCAUGGCCGCCGGAGUACAAAUCUAACUCCCGUCUUCUUCCCUCCCUGUCGUCAGGAGGAGGGGAGGAUUUUUUUUUUUGGGGAUUAUUUGUAUUUGUUUGAGGAAACCAAAAAAAAACAAAACCCAUAAAGUCUCACACUGAUUUUGUCUCCUGCUCGUGGAAUUACAACACACAUCUCGCUAAGGGAAAAUACCAUUCAUGUCAAGCCUCCAAAAUGCAGCCGCCGCCGAGGAAGGUCAAAGUGACACAGGAGCUGAAAAACACGCACACAGAGCAGAUGACGAGACUGCACUUAAAACACCAGACUGAAUGUGACCUGCUGGAAGACAUGAGGAGCUACAGUCUAAAGAAGGGGCAACUGGAAAGGGACUAUGCACAGGCUCUGCAGAAGUUAGCAAGUCAGUACUUAAAGAGAGACUGGCCUGGAAUCAACCCCGAUGACCAGCGGACAGACUACAGGAACGUAUACGCAGUGUGGCGGUCCUAUUUAGAAGGUACUGUGCAGGUGAGCCAGUCCAGGCUCAACGUGUGUGACAACUACAAGAGUCAAGUGUCAGAUCCUGCAAAGACUGUUAGACUCUACAAGGAACAGCAACUCAAGAAGACCAUAGAUCAGUUGAGUGGCAUUCAGGCAGAGCUGCAAGAGUCGGUAAAGGAUUUGGCUAAAGCCAAGAAGAAGUACUACGACUGUGAACAGGUUGCCCACACUGUACGAGAGAAAGCCGACAUAGAGGCCAAGUCUAAACUGGGUCUUUUUCAGUCAAGAAUUAGUUUACAGAAAGCAAGCGUAAAGUUAAAAGCUAAGAGAAGUGACUGUAACUCCAAGGCGACACAAGCCAGGAAUGACUACUUGCUCACACUAGCCGCUGCCAACGCUCAUCAUGACCGCUAUUAUCAUACAGAUCUACUGCACUGCAUACAGGUCUUGGAUGGCAGAAUCUACGAGCAUGUGAAAGACUACCUGGUGUCAUUGUGUCAUACUGAAUUAGAGGCCUCCCAGGCUCCACACAGCACCUUCCAGUUCCUGUUGGACAAAUCCACCAGGUUAAUACAAGAGUUCAACCAGCAGUUGUUCAUGCAGGAGAAUCCAGUGUUUCACAAAGCACACGACUUCCAGUUCAAUCCUAGCGAAUAUGACACGACCGUGAGCUCGGUGGAGCAGUUGGUGGACAUUGAACCGUCGCCCGUCAGUGCCAUGAGAAUGACCCUGGCACAGAGUCGUCAGCUGGAGUCAGAGACGGGGACGACGGAGGAACACAGUCUGAACAAGGAGGCCAGGAAGUGGGCGACCCGAGUGGCCAGGGAGCACAAGAAUGUCAUUCAUUACAAGAGAUCUCUGGAGGAGUGUGAGAGCCAUGGCUUGCCGACCACAGAGCAAGGCAGACUAGACCUAGAGCUAAAGAUAGAAGAAACCAAAGAAAACAUCCGCAAAGCUGAGACAAUAAAAUUGAAAGCUGAAGCACGUUUGGACCUUCUGCGGCAAGUGGGAGUUUCUGUGGAUACUUGGCUGAAGAGCGCCAUGAACCAGGUAAUGGAGGAGCUGGAGAAUGAGCGUUGGGCCAGCUACACUUCCCAUGAUCCCUCACUGUCGGGCACAGUGGACUUGGAGCGUGAGGAAGGCGAGGAGUGUGAAGAGAAUAUGGAGGUCUUCGACGACAGCAGCUCCAGUCCCUCGGGAACCCUUCGGAACUACCCACUCACUUGCAAAGUCCUGUAUUCAUACAAGGCCUCUCAGCCGGACGAGUUAACUAUUGAUGAGCAGGAGAUGCUGGAGGUCAUCGAAGAUGGAGACAUGGAGGACUGGGUCAAGGCUCGUAAUAAGACGGGGCUCGUUGGCUACGUCCCAGAGAAAUACCUGCAGUUCCCGACUUCCAACAGUCUCCUGAGUAUGCUCCAGUCUCUGGCGACGCUCGACGCUCGAUCACACACCUCGUCCAAUUCAACUGAGCCAGAGCUGCACUCUGGCUGCAUCAAUGGAGACACAAACAUGGUUUAUGUCCGUGCACUUUAUGAUUAUGAGAGCCAGGCGGACGAGGAGCUCUCGUUCUCCGAGGGAGCCGUGAUUCGCCUGUUGAGUCGUGACACUCAGACGGACGACGGUUUCUGGGAGGGCGAGCUCAACGGACGGGUGGGCGUCUUCCCCUCUGUACUGGUAGAAGAUUUCACUGAAAAUGGGGAGACCAGAGGAGGAGGAGGAGGGAAGGGUGACAUACAGAUUUCUCCAUCAGUGAAGUUGCCGCCCUCGCUGCCUCCUCUUCCACUGUACGACCAACCUCCCAUCAGCCCUUUCACCAGCCCCGAGACCUCCACUCCACCUCCUCUCCCGCGUUCACCCUCUGCACUUAACGGGGAGCACAAGCCUCCACUGCCUGCAUCGUCACACAAGGGACCACUUUCCACUCACAAUCACAGCUCUGGCAGGAGUCCAGUGUCUCCGGGUUUUGCUCAGACUCAACCGCAGCGAUUCACCUCUGAAGGAGGCCCGGGGAAACUACGACCUGUGCGAGCUGCGCCUCCUCCACCUAAGCAGCACUCACGGAGGCAGCAGGAGAAGAACGACAAGACGGAGGAGGUGGAGAUCACGCUGGUGUGACUGACACACUGACAACAGACUUUUUCUACAGGCUGAGGAAACCGAACAGCUCUGAAGUAAAAAAAUGAGCUUUAAUAAACGACUGAUGUGAAGUAAAAACUGAACUGAACCACGGCGACCCCCUCCAGCGCCCGUCGUCCUCUUCCAGCGGAGGAGGAGGGGAAAAAACAGCAGAUAACGUAUUCAAUUAAAUAAUUGUAUUAGAUUCCUAAUCAAAUGCAGCAGUCUCGCAUCUCAUCGCCCCCCCCCCCCCCAUUCUUGCCUUAAAACUCCACCUUAAACUCACCUCAAACCAGAGCACAGUCAAAGCAGCAGCAGCAAGAAAAGGAAGAAUGUUUGGACGGGGCCAGUAUGAGACAUUGGCAAGUUUUCCUUUAUCUUGUAUCUUGUUUGGGAUAUCAUACAUCAUACAGUGUUUUGUUUUUCUCUCUGUGCAGGCUGAGUGUUCUGCCAAGUCUGAGAAAUUACUUUUUUUCUUCCUCUUGCUUACAAAUAAUCAUGAAGCAUGGGAAAGGUUUUGGAGCCCAAAAUCUGCCAAAAACUAUAGUGAAGGGUAACCAGACAAAUCAAAAAUAUAACUAGAUAAAUAACUUUUCCCCCCAGUUACUGCACAUUAGUAGGUGACAAUAAUUUACACGUACGAUUUAACUUUUUAAUCCUUUGUCUUUUGCACCUAUUUAUUCAUUUAGAGUACAUCGUCUCCCCACAAAAUAUACGUUUAGUUCAGCAGACGUCUCCAUUGUUCCACAAAUACGUGUAUAAUUAAUCAUAUAAUUAUGAUUAUUUUUGAUGUUCCCAAAUCUAUUAUAUAUAUGUGUAUAUAUAUAUAUAUAUAUAUAUAUAUAUAUAUAGUAUGAUGCAAAGGUCUCAGGCUAGAGCGGCAACUAACGAUUAUUUUCUCGAUUAAUCAAGUAAUGGUUCGGUCCAUAAAAUAUCAGAUCAGCAGUUAAAAAAUGUUGAUCGGUGUUUUUGAAACAUGUCUUGUUUUGUUCACAAACCAAAAUGAUUCAGUUUUAAUGAUUUCUUUGUUAUACGGAGCAAAGAAAACAGAAAAUAUUCACAUUUAAGAAGCGGAAACAAUCAGAGAUCUUGUUUUAAUAAUGAAAAAAGCUUCAAACCGAUUAAUCGAUGGUCAAAAUAGUUGACGAUUAAUUGAGUAAUCGAUUAAUAAUCGAGUAAUUGUUUCAGCUCUAUCUCAGGCCAACAUUAGAUUUGUUUUAGCUGUGCUAUAAUGACCAUACGCUGUCAUUUUUGUUGGAACACAUCCAGAGAAAUACAGGAAGCCGUUUUAAAAUGAGCCAUUUUUCCACCCAAAAAAACUUUUUUUGGGUUAAAGUGUGACCUACACUUACACUUUAAGUGUAGCAUCAACCUGGAGUGGAACCCUAAUUAAUGUUAUUUAGUUUGUCCUGCUAUUUUACUAUUACCCCAGGUGCAUUCAAGAGCAUGACAUGCACACUUCAGUCGCAUCAUUUCAAUCCAAAUGUCCAUGAUGACAGAAUUUGACAGACAUAAAAACAACAAAGGAGAAAGUCUCUGUGUGCUUAAAACAGCGAGGUAUCCUCAAUGAAUAAAUGUGUGCAAAUGAACAUAUUUGGAUAAAUUGGCGGUUUUCUUUUUGGUGGUAAAAAGAAGUUUUAAUUAAGUUGGGUUUUUUUUACACUUUUUUUUUUUUUACUCAAUUUUAUGUCAGUGUUUUAUGGCUCCAUAUACCAUCAUCAUGCUAGAUAAAAGGAAAUGAGUCCAAACUUGCCAUGAUUGAAGUGUUGUGGAGGUUGAAUUAGAUGGACAGAGAAACCGCGGUGUGUGUGUGUGUGUGUGUGCGCGCACAGAGUUCCCUCCCCUCCAGGCCUUCCCUCACCAUAUUAUAGUCCUUAUCAUCAUACAGUAUGUAUUCAAUGUGUAUUAGUACAGUACAUUACUGUUGUCAUAGGAAUGUUAUGCACAGUGUUUGAUAAAGACUUAACUCGGCUGAGCGCACGACCGCGUAGUGGAAGAUUUAUUCUCAUCUUGUGCCGGGAGAGAGAGAGAGCGUUGUAAAUACAGUAUGAACGAGACGUGGUGGGGGGUGGAAAGGAGAAAAGAGAAGGAGGGAAAAGGAGGCUGGAUCCUCCCUGCUCCCUCUUAUUUCCACCUCUCCUCCACUCUCCCGCUGCUAUCUCGUGUCUCUUCUGUCCGUAGCUUUCAUAGACACACACACACACAGUAUCGAACACACGAUGCUAUAUUAUAUUCUCUCUCUCUCUCUCUCUGUGGUUGUAUCGGACUGAUUUGGGACGAUGACAGUGGUGCGUUCAAAGGCACCGGAAUUGUUGGUAUUCACUUGUGGUGACAAUGAAAUGCGUUUUUAUUUGUAACAAUACAUGCACUAAAAUACUGUGGGUGGGAAGGAUUUUAUUAAUCACAUCAUGAGCUGUAUGACAGGUCAGAUCCCACAUUUACUUAUUUACCCGAAAGCAUACAUCUAUAUAUAUAUAUGUAUAUAUAUAUAUAUAUUAUAUAUAAUUUUUCGCUGACAUGCUCAUUAUAUUCAAGUAUUUUCCAUUUCAUCACAUCAUGGGAGUCUGACUGUUUUAAUGGACCAGAGAAAAGCAUUUUUUUCAACGUUUACCCUUAAUGUUUUUCCUGUUGUCUCACAUUUCAGUCUCAAUCUUCCUACGAGGACAUUUAUGUUGUGUUUUGUCUUUUUUAUAUCCCCCCCCCAUUCUCAAUUAACCUUCAAGCCUUUUUUUAACUCCUUGCCUUAAGGGCAGCGUAGCACUUUUAUUUAUUUAUACCUUCCCUGGAGAGUAGCAGCAUUGUCACAUAUCAGCAUUGAAAUGUAGAAAUAUGACUCAGAUGAAUGACUAUUAGUGACAGAGUCGUUCUUUUCAUUCUCAUGCUGUGGUGGGUCCUCUUUGUUUCAGUGUGACUGACAGUUUGUAUCUUUAGCUUGCCGCUCUUGUAAAGAGCUGGUGCGAUAAUUUGAUGUUUUCCUAUAAACAAUGAACAAAAAACAUGCAUUUGUUUGGUCUUUGGAAAGGCCUAAAUGUUUGAAAGUGAUAGGAGAGAGUGGGAAUUGUGAUCAAAUCUGUGUUUGACUCUCAGGAUGUGGCUUUUUUUUUUGUUUGUUUUUUUCUUGAUGGUGUGAUAGUUUCGGGGGAAACAUGAUGGUAAACGAAAAGUGUUUACUUUCUCUUGUUAAUGGUAUUUACCAAUUUCAUAGUUUCACAGUAAAUUUCCUGUCAUUGCUGAACUGGAAAGUAUUUUAAUUUCCCAUAAAUCUGCCACAGAACCACAAUGGAGGAUGGAAUAAGGACUGGUUUAAAGUGCGUAAUAUUAAUACGAUGUAGCGCUGGGACACAUCUUGGGGCUCUGACUUCAGAAAAAGUCAUAGAAUGACUGAAAAAUGUUUCUUUCCGAAGCUUGUGUAGCAUCCACACAUACCACAGUUCAGCAUGCUGGAAUGAGUUCCAACUCCCACGCUCCUCCGCUGUUGUAGGAACUGGCUUUGGUCAAGCUCGACCUCGACAACAGCCUCUCCUCGAUCUCUCUGAGAUCUUAUCUAUAUUGGUGUUCAAACUUGUUUUGAAGUUUAUGUCCCACUGAACCUCCCGCCACAAAUGCUCAAUCUGUCAAUUCCUCAUAGACAAAGUUGAUGACUUUUCAUUGCCAGUUUGAACACGAUUAUUUCCUCCCUUUGUGAUUCUCACAGUGUUGAAUUAUUUGAUACGAGCCUUUGCUUUUUUCUAUUUCUUUUUAAAGUAUUGUAUAAUUCUGCAUUUUUCAUCCUUGGAUUUGGAGCAGCAGCAUUGCUGCUGUUAUGAACCGUGUGGUGGAAAGACUGGCCUUCUCUCUUCUUUUUCUCUUCUCACAGACUGUUGCCAUGGUGACAAUAACGACAAAAGUAUCCGCAUAUUACUAUUGGCUGUACAAAAACAAAAAGUUUGUAUUUAUUGUGUACAAAUGUUAAAUAAUAAACAAAA